UCCGCUCAACGUGCUUCCUCACCAGUGGGCAACGACGUGCUGACGUAAGACGUAUGAACAACAAACAGUUGUUGGACUCGACUUCAACAAGCUAGCGAAGGGUAGCGCUGGACAAAAACAGGCACAGCUGACAUCUCCCGGAGACAGAUAUUACCAUCAUACCUCAGCGGUGGGCACGUCGCAGCUAUAUUCUUCUUCUUUUUUAAGAAAAUAAUUAAUGCGGAGGCCAGCAUCGUGUAGCCCUGACACGGUUAUGUAGCGCAUAGGGAUAACGGCCGAAAAAUGCCCAUUUGCUCAGAGUGUGACGCUUGUUUUUUUCGCCGCCGUUGCUCCUUGUGGCGUGUGUUGCGAGCGUAGUUGCAGCACGACUGAGAGUGAGAGACAAGACCUGCACUGGUAUUAAAUAUUUCUUCCCUUGGGAGAAUGUACUGUGUUGGGGAGAAACGGAUAGGCUCGCGUAUAGAAGCAGACACACGACCGCUCUGGGGCCUGCACGUCACCGUAGGACAACUUCAGCAAGCUAGCAAACGUUAGCUCGCUUUAAUUCCUGUUGGUUUGUUUGAAUGUCGGAGUUUAACAAUUUUUGGAGGUGCCUAAAGUGACUUAUUUGUUUUAGUGGAUCGUCGUAUUUCGUUUUUUAUACUGCUGGCUAUGUGUUGACGACUAGGGAGCAAUUGAACGGGUCCCAUUUAAAGCAAUACGACCAAGCUAGUAAAAAAAUAAGUGGAGUUUACCUGAUCGGCAUAAGUGAAGUUGUAUAUUUAGGUGUAUGAGAAAUCACUGAAAUACCUUCUAAUUUGCACAUAUUUCACGUAUUUUGAGAAAUUGAUAUUUCUAAGAAAUAGCACUUUAGUUAAUGGAAUGGGAUGCACCAAAGUCACUUGAGACGUGGGGGUUUUGAUUACUUUGAUUAAAAUCGGACAGAAAUUUAAACUAGAAGUAGAAUUUUCUUUGUCAUAAACUUACAAAAAAAUAAAAAAGUUGGUGCUCAUUUGAGUAAAUGGUUGCUAGACAGGGAGCAUAGACAACCAUAUGUCACUUGUUUCCUAGUGACUGUGUUAUCUACUUUCCUACCUUUGUGACAUGGUAGUAGAGGCUUAGUCACUAGAGAUGUAAACAUGAAUAUCCAAGAGCAGUGUCUAGAUCUGUGUAAUGUCAAGACGAAAAGCAAUGUCGACAAUGACUAUAAUCCUACAAACAUCACAGAAGGGGUCACUCUCAUCUCUGAGCUCAUGACGGACAGUGAGGCAGAGAAACAAAACAUUGUUCCCACGGAGGCGUCGGAAACGUACCUGAUGCCACAGCCUACCGACAACCUUCAGGGUGCUGAGGAGGAUAACCAGAAGGCGCAAGACACACUGGAAAUUGAUGAAGUUAAUGGAAAUCGAAAGAACUGUGUCCAAGAUACGCCUGCUGUAGUUAAUGUCACUGGCCUAAUCUUUCCCAAUGACGGACAGUACAAAGAGGACGCUGAAAAGGAGAAGAUGAAGGAUGAUAAGUGUUCCGAUCCUCCAAGUCCUGUUGUGGAAGUAGUGGAUGAUGGUGGGGACAUGGACAUAGGUGUGGAUCUGACUCUGGGUGAGAGUGGGCUUUUGGAGGCUGAAUCCGCAAAUCUUAGUACAAUAUCCGAUGCUAUUUCGGACUCGGAGUCCACUCUUCAGGAUUUCCCAGCUGGUGAAACUGCAGCAAGUCAGUCAGAUGCAAAACAGACAGAAUCUUCUUCCUCUGAUCAAGUUGGUCUGUCAAACGAGGAGGGAGACGAUAAACACAAACCAAGUGGCAAAAGGGUCACGUUUCCCUCAGACGAGGAUAUAGUUUCUGGAGCAGUGGAGCCAAAGGACCCCUGGAGACAUGCUCAAAAUGUGACGGUGGAGGAGAUCCUCUCUAGCUAUAAACAGGCCUGUCAGAAACUCAACUGUAAACCUAUACCCAAAGUGCUCAAACAGAUACAGGAACUCAAAGACCUUACCCUGCGAAAUGAAUGCUUGGAUUUGAAAGGUGAAAAACUGGACUACAAAACAUGCGAGUCCCUGGAGGAAAUUUUGAAGAGAGUCCAGUUUAAAACGGUCGACCUGGAGCAGACCAACCUGGAUGAAGAUGGUGCUUCAGCUCUCUUUGAUAUGAUCGAGUACUACGAAUCAGCCACCCGUCUCAACAUAUCCUUCAACAAGCACAUCGGCACACGAGGAUGGCAAGCUGCUGCUCACAUGAUGAGAAAGACGAGCUCCCUGCAGUACCUGGAUGCCCGUAACACUCCUCUGCUGGACCACUCUGCCCCGUUCGUAGCACGAGCCCUCAGGAUCAGUGGCAGCCUGGCAGUCCUUCACCUGGAGAAUGCUGGUCUGUCUGGCAGGCCACUCAUGCUGCUCGCUACUGCUCUAAAGAUGAACAUGAAUCUGCGAGAGUUGUAUCUGGCAGACAACAAGCUCAACGGCAUUCAGGACUCGGCUCAGCUCGGCAACUUGCUUAAGUUCAACUACAACAUACAGAUUCUGGACUUGCGCAAUAACCAUAUUUUAGACUCUGGUCUCGCCUACUUGUGUGAAGGACUAAAAGAGCAAAGGAAAGGCCUCGUCACUCUGGUGCUAUGGAACAACCAGCUCACACACAAUGGCAUGGGCUACCUUGCUGCAGCAUUGCCGUGUACCCAAAGUUUGGAGGCACUGAACCUCGGCCACAACUCUGUGGGCAAUGAAGGAGUUCACAAACUGAAAGACGGACUGAUUGCCAACCGCUCUGUGCUCAGACUGGGCCUCGCCUCCACCAAGCUCUCCUGUGAAGGAGCCGUGGCUGUGGCUGAAUUCAUCGCAGAGAGCCCGAGGCUGCUGCGUCUGGACCUUCGCGAAAACGAGAUCAAGACUGGCGGCCUGAUGGCUUUGUCAUUCGCCCUGAAAGUCAACACGUCCCUGCUGCGCCUCGAUUUAGACCGAGAGCCUAAGAGGGAAACUGUAAAGAGCUUCAUAGAGACGCAGCGCGCCCUGCUAGCUGAGAUCCAAAAUGGCUGCAAGAGAAACUUCAUCCUUGCCAGGGAGAAGGAGGAGCACGAUCAGAAGAUGAGGCAGUCCACCUCUAUGGCUGAAAUCGCUACGGAGGAUGGAACCAGAGAAGAAGAAGAGGAGGAGGAGCUGCCGACGUCGGAUGAAAGAGAGGAAAGAAGCGAAGAGGCUGAAAUCUCAGGAAACGAGGAACAGGCGAGCAGCCAGGCAGAAGGAAGCGCUGAGAAAAACCUUCCUGCCCCAAAUCUGGACUCUGACUCAGACACCGAAGACGAGGAUGACGGAGAGGUGGUGACGAAGUCUUCUUCUGCUCCAAACUCCUCCACUUCCCCGAGUCAGGCUGCUCCUCAGUCAAAGGCAGGAGCUGCAAAGCCCGCCCCCAGUGCCUCAAGUACGUCCUCACACCCAGCUGUUUCGCCCGCUGCAGGACAGAGUGUCAUUUCUGGCAUCACCGUCACAGAAGCCACAGUUCCUACUGGGACCCCUCCCUCUCCAGGACGCUGCAUAUCUGUCUCUAGUCCAGGCAGAGGUCACAAGAUUUUUAUGGUCACCAGGGUGGAAAGCCCUCCUGAGCCGCAACAGAUGAACGCCCCUGCAGCUCCAAACCUGACCAAAGAGGCGUCAGAGAGAGCUGCAGACCUGAACUCGUGUGCGACGCACCAGACGCCACCGCCUUCAUCUGCUUCUCCCACACCUGAGCAAACACAGGAUGUGAACCAGGGCUCAGCCGCUGCGUCGGAGGGUAGAUUAGAGUCAGACUCUACACUCACCAGCAACUUCAAAUCACACAAAUCAAGUCCAUCCACAGAGGACGGGACUGACAGAACACUAGAUCCAAGUCUCCAAACGCAAGCUCUGCCUUCAGAGUCUGCAUCAGAGCAGUCUGAAACUCUUCAGCUGACAGAGGGAGGAGCAGGUACACCUGUGACUCCCCAACCUGAUGACACUAAAGAGGAGGAGAGUCCCACACAAGAUCCUAGCAACGGGACGCCCCAAUCAGAGGAACUCGACCAACCUCAGGAUCUGCAGCAGCAGCUUUUAACAUCAGCUCUUCAGAACGAUCAAGCAUCAGAGGAGACCUCUCCAUCAAACCAAACAGAGCAGGAAGCACCAGCACACUCAGCCACACAGAACCAGGAGUCCAGCCAAGAGGAGUCACGGCCAAAGCAGCCUGCAGAGGCAGGCCAGCAGGAAGGAGAGUCUGUUCAGUCGAGUCCCACCGAGCAGAGAGAGGCGACUGUCCCUCAUGAAGAAGCGCAGGACCCCCACCUCACCUCCACUCCAUCUGAAGCUGAAGGGAGUCCGGUUUCAGCGGUCGAGCCAGGGGAGUGCGGUAACGAGGUCUCUGCAGAUGAGGGCUUUGCCGAAACUCUCGAGGAAAACGUGGUGAGCUCAGCUUUACCGAAUGGAUUGAAACCAGAGUUCUCCAUCCACCUUCUAAGCAAUGAAAGUCCAAAGCCUGGGAACUGCGUGAUGGAGCAUGUGAGCGGCGACAGUGGACAGGAACUGGAGGAGCUGCUCCGAGAGGCCAGCUUGGAGUCUGGAAGAGACGCACCAUGAACUGUCCAUGUGAAAACGGCUCUCAGAUGGAUCCUCAGCUACGUGACCACAGUGUUUUUGUCAUCUGUGACCGGACCACCAACAUCUUUUUCCUUAAACAACCGAAGACCAAGUGUUACAGCAGUCAGCAGUUGUGUUCAUGAAGGUGAACGGACACGAUCAAACCUCAAGAGCUCACCUUUCGUCCCAAUAAGGAGUCUUUACAGCCACACUACAUCCUCUGCGUGAAAGGGCGGAGAGAAGCAGCCUCCUCCGUAUCACUACAUCGUUCCAGCCUAAGAUCUCUGCAGGUCAACAGAGGAGCGAAGAGACGAGGGAGGCAGGAUGAAACACUAACCAAAGACAGAACACACAAUCUCAGCGCCCCCACCCGCUCUCCUUUAGAUCCUCAGCAGCUGAUUAGCUAGCAAUCAAAAAACGUUCCUAACUCCGAUCUAUAAAGGUGAGGACUACAAACAUCUGUGCUCCUGUCGACCAAACCUGCAGACUCGCAGAAGCAGAGUGUGUCGCCUUGAGAGGCUUUUCUAUCAAUAAAGCUGAGGUUGUUGAUGUGUCUGUUUUUAAUGUAAACCCUGUGUGUCUCCCCCCCCUCUCCUGGACUCUUUCUCUCCGCCCUGGAAAUAAAACUCUUAAGAGACCUUUGCCAAAGUGACCUCCUUCCUGUUUGAGUUCUCCUGCUCCGUUUCCUUCUGGCCCCUCAGGAAUCAGUGUACCCCCACUUUCUCACUUCUGACAAAAAAAGUCAAAUUCCAAAAUACAGAUUUGAGUUGAUCCUUUGCUGCUACAAAGAAAUAGAAUUCUGACCCGAACCAAUGUGUUUUGUUUAUUUUUAUUUUUUUGUCCCCAAACUGAAGCUGUUUUUGGUAUUGAACCGUAAAGGAAGAAACCAUCAGGGCUUGCUAAGCUUUCACCUGCUCUCCUCAUACUUCCUCUGCAGCGUUCAGUUUUCUGCUUGUUGCCUUCAGUCUAGCAGCCUCCUGCAUCCUCUCUUAGCUGCUUUGAGAAAAUCUAUUUUUUGUAAACCUGCACAACCUUUUUUUGAUUUUUCUUUGCUCCUCUUCUUUUGUGUCGGAGCUGCUUUUAAAGCUGCCCUCCUCUUUUGAUGUAUGUAUGUUUCAUUUUCAAAUUAGAGGAAAAAUUACCUUUUUGUGGGGGGAAAUUUAUGGGGAGAGUAAUGGAAUUUUACUGACUGGGGUGCAGUCAUAAAAGCAAAUACUAAGAUGUUGUUUUGAAACUGCCAGAGGAGUUUGUGGCCACAAGGGGGCGCAUUGGGGUUGUUUCCCUCCUUCUUGAAGAAGUCUAAAUAAUAACUGCAUUUUUUUUUCAAAGUUAGGCAAAAGAAUGUUACAUUAAAUUACUGCAAGUCUGCAAAGGGGAAAAAUCUCUCUCUCGCCACAAAAAUAUCUAGCAUUUUCUCUGAAAUAAAGCAUUUUUUCAUCCCCAUCUGCUCUUUACCCCCCCCCCUCCCCUCCCAACAAAUAGUUUGCCCAGCUCUUUGUAAUGCUUUAAUUUUUAGAAAUUUUUAUUAAUGAUUUGUUAACUUUAUUGAAAUGUGCUGGUAAUCACAGAUAUGUAUGGCGGAAAUUGUUGCUCUCCAAUAAAUGCAUGUAAUAACUGAAA